UGAAAUUUGAACUGUAGCUCAGGCGCGAUAUGGUUCCGCAACAGAAGCUAGCUUAGCCAAAAAGAAAAAAACAAAAUGAAUUCUGGGAUCAAUUACGGUGUGGAUGAUAAGGACCUAGACAACGCCGAAUUCUGGGCGGUGAUAGAUGCUGCCGCCGCCGCUUCCACCACCGUUUCCAAGCACCGCAAUAAUAUAUAUGUAGCUCACAAACAGACUCCGAUUAGACCUCUUCCAGCUAUCUCAAAUCCUUCUCCACAUUCUAUUAAUAGGCUGCCAAAAAACCCUAGAAGUGGUGGAGAGGUUUCAAAUUGCCGGCCGCCGAAAAUCUCCAGGACUACUCCGAGUUCGAAUUCUUCUAUGGUUAUGGUAAAGCAGAGUGUGCAGCACUCGCCGUCUCAUGUGACGAAUUAUUCCUCGCCGGAGUUGGAUCGUAGCUAUAACAACAGUCCGAUUGGUUCGGAAUGUUCGCCGGAAACUACAUUGAGGCAUUGCUUGGCUGCUCCUUUCCCAACUGUUUCUCUCUUCAAGCAGUAUCAAAAUGCCGCUAUGGCCAUUCUGGAGAAAAGUGACUACACUAUGAUUUCUGGAAGUCCCUUCAUCAAAAAAGCUGGUUGGAGGAAGAUAUCCUUUUACUUCAAUCUAUCAUAUGAAAUUAAAGAGAAGAACAUCGAAUUUGAUGAGAAUCGUAAUGUCCUACGUGCUGAAUUUAUAGUUCGGGCGCACAUGCAAGGUUCAAGGUUCUCAGAUGGAUGGGGUUCUUGUGAGCGGCGGGAGAAGAAAUUUCAAAAACCAAAUCAUGACAUUCCCAGCACGGCAGAAACCAGAGCCAAAAAUAAAGCAUGCCAGGACCUGCUUGGAAUUGGAGAAUAUCGACCUGGUGUGAGCCAGAGUACUCACCGGUAGACUAUCAAAUAGUUGUAUUUCAUAAGAUACUCUAUAUCGAGUCAUUUGCAGUUCCAUUAAUCACCCAUUAUAACAAGUAUCCUCGGAACAAAGCUUGAGGUUGGGUUGUAAAAGCCAUGCUGAAAUGGGUACAGAAAGAAGUUCUAUGUACUGCAGUACACCCCUAGUGUGCUUGUAACAUCUAAAGCCAAUCCCAUACUUGUAAUAUAUUUUUACUUUAUUCUCUUCUUGUCAUGUCACCAACUUCCAAUCUUGUUGACUGCGAUUAUACACCCGGCAGCGGCAGGGGUUAUAAAUUUUAUUGCC